AUGGUGUCACUCGGCGUUCGUCUCAGUCUCUUCGUUACGUUUAAGAUCAUUGUCGCAUACAAUUUCCCAUAUGAAAGCGUACAGCUCACUGACGAUGACGUUGCUAACAACUCAGACAUCAAGUUUGGUCAAUUACCAGGUGACAUCAAAGCAGAAUGCAAGACCUUCCCAGGUGAUAGCAACUGGCCGACUCUCGAUCGAUGGAAUGCUUUCAAUUCCAGCUUAGGGGGAGCAUUGCUCAAGGCCAUCCCUCCUGCAGCAGCUUGCUAUUCUGGAAUCUACGAGAAUACCACCAAGUGUGCCGCUUGGCGACAACAAUCUAGAAGCUCGCUAUUUGUGAGAGAAGAUCCCUUGAUACCAUUCAACCAGUGGACUCUGGGAAACCCCUGCCCGGUACCUGGAGCGUCGCCUCCCAGUUCUAACACCACCAUUCCGCCUCUUUCUGCUUGUCAUAUCGAGUAUUUCCCGGCCUAUGUGGUAAUCGUUUCAACGGUAAAGCAGGUUCAGCUCGCUGUUAACUUUGCGAGAAACCAUAACAUCCGGCUUACCAUCAAGAACACAGGUCACGAUUACCUCGGUCGAAACACUGGAGGUGGUGCGCUCCAAGUGUAUGUGCAUCAUUUGAAAGAUUUUCAAUACCUGCCAUCCGUGCAGAUUGGAAAAUAUGAGGGCAAGGCCGCCAGGGUAGGCGUAGCCCUGGAGCAAUACGAACUGUUUCCCCACAUGGAGGAAAACAACAUUACCCUACUUGCUCCUGGUUCCUCGACGGUCGGCGCAUACGGCGGUUACAUGCAAGGAGGAGGAUUUUCAUAUAUCUCCUCCAAAUUUGGGCUCAUGGCCGAUCAAGUACUGGCAUUGGAGCUUGUGACAGCGGAUGGAAGGUUUGUCCACGCAGAUGUGGAGGAAAAUGAAGACCUUUUCUUUGCCAUCCGAGGAGGGGGUCCGAGCAACUACGGUAUCGUCACAUCAGCCAUUGUCAAAGCACAUGAUUCUAUCUCUGUUGCUCGGAUGAACUUCAAUUUCCAAACAGGCGUAAACUUUGAGCAAGCGAACAUUGCUGAAUGGGUGGACAACACAACUGCGUACGCGGAGGCCACGAACGAAACCUUCUGGAAUGGGAUCAAUGCCUACUUUGCGCAUCUCGUACGAAUAAAUGACGCAAAAGGUAUCGGUUGGAACAGUCUCUCCACUCAAGCUCCCAACCCCAUCUUCAACAGGACUGAACGAAUCUUUUCGUUCACUGGCCAAGUGAUCAUGCCCGGUAUGUCCGCUAAUGACUUCAGCGAUUUUGUCGCUCCAAUCGUGCAGGACUUACACGACGUUGGAAUCGACAUCAAAGCUACUGUCGGCUGGUGGCCGACCUACCCUUCAUAUUCAUUUCGGCCCAAUGGUCCCGGCGAGGCGGUUGGCAAUGGCCGCUUCGCCUCGCGCCUCUUUCCGCGCUCCAUCUUCGAGGACCCAAGCUCGCCCGAAUUUUUCAAAGCAAUGGCUGCCAUACGAAUCUGGGUCGAAGAGGGGCACUACAGCUUCCACAGUGUCGACUAUCACCCGUCUUAUGCAACAGCGGGCUACCCGGGCGCAGACUCUGCGGUCAACCCGCAUCUGCGAAAUGCUAUCAUGCAUGCGACAGGCUUCGAUACAGGUAGCUACGGGCCCGAGCGUACGGCGGAAGAGAUGAUUGCGAGCCAUGCCAGGCUCAACGCGUACGCGCAGAAAUGGCGCGAUGCGACUCCAGGCAGCGGGGCGUACAUGAACGAGGCCGACACCGAAGAGCCUGGGUUCCAGGAAAGUUUCUAUGGAAGUAACUACAACAGGUUGUUGGGUAUCAAGAAGGUCAGAGAUCCCUGGGACGUGUUUUAUGCUGUGACGGGAGUCGGCAGUGAUGAAUGGAGAGUGGAAGGGACCGAUGGGCUGCCAACACAACAAGGCAGGUUGUGCCGGCGCUUGAGAUAG